UUUCCCACCCAAAUAAAACUAACAGAAAGAAAUAGCAAAGAAAAAACAGAAAAAAAAUAAAAAAUGGCGACAGCCUUCCUCUCAAAUGCAAACGUCUCUCUCUCUUCCCCCUCGUCCUCCUCCUCCUCCUCAUCUUCUUCUUCUUCAUCUGCACUAGCAACAUUAACUUCAGUUUCUGCUCAAAAACAUAAUGUAAGGAGACAGUUAACUCUGUGCAAAGCAAAAGUGAUUGACUUGUCUCUCUCUUCUCCAUGUCUCACCAAGAGAAACCUUUCCCUUGGCCUCACCACCACCUUUCUAUUUUCCUUAGCUGGUAAAGAGUAUUUUGAUGCCAAUGCUGCGAUUCUUGAGGCUGAUGAUGAUGAAGAGCUUUUGGAAAAGGUGAAGCAGGACAGAAAGAAGAGGCUUGAAAGACAAGGCGUUUUUAACUCAUCCAACAAAGAGAAGGCAUAUUUGCAAGAUCUUGUUUACAAGCUUAGCAAAGUAGGCCAAGCAAUAGAAAACAAUGAUCUCUCUACAGCAAGUUCUGUUCUUGGUCAAAACACUGAAACAGAUUGGGUCCAAAAAGCAAAUGCAGCCUUCAACAAGUUGAGCUCUAGCCCUGAGGAGAAGUCUGAGGUGGAUGCAUUCAAUUCCUCAAUGGCUUCUUUGAUAUCAUCAGUUAUUCGGAAUGAUAUUGAAGCCUCUAAAAUAGCCUUUGUGUCAUCAGCAACUUCAUUUGAGAAAUGGAUUGCCUUAACAGGGUUGGUUGGACAGCUUAAAGGGCUUUGAAGGCCAUGAGUAUCUGUUUUUCAUUUUGUAUUGGGAAAUUGGUGGAGUUGAGUUGUAUGAGAGGGAAAUAGAUGGCUUCCUUUUAUUCCCAAGUUCAAACCAUUUUGUUUGGUUUUCCUUCAUUAGCAUUGUUCAUAGUAUUUGGGCGGAUUGAAAUCAACUGAUAAGGUUCUUUUGCCAGCUUGAGUUGUGUAUCCAUGGCUGACUUUGUUUGAUCUUUAGUUGUAACUGAAUCUCAGUUUAAUUUCUUUUAAUUUUUCAUUUUUUGUAAUCUUUAAAAUGACUUGGUUGUUCUAUAGUUCUGUACUCACAACUUAGAUUUAUCGCUGGCUCAAUUUGUUUGAGCUUUUGUGGUAAUCCAAACUCUG